AUGCAAAAAGUUUAAAUAGCAUAUAAUUAUUGUCAAAAAGAGUGUCAUACAGACGAAUGGUUAAAUACAAUUUGCAUUGACCAAACUUGUAAAUAAGAAAGACUUCUAUGUUGUCUAUGUUUAGAACUUCAUGAAGGACACAGAGUUACAGCGUUAAAAAAGUUUUUAAUAGAGUACAGAUAACAGUACCAAAAAAAAAAGAGAGAUGAUGAAGAAAUGAAUAAUAAAUAUUGGUUCAUAGUUUAUUUAAUAUUAUUUAGUUUAUCCAAAAUCUUUGAGAGUUUCGAAAAGGAGGUAAUAUAAAUCAAGUAAAUUAUUAAUGGGAAUUUUGAUAAUCUUCUGAAUUAAAUCAAAGAGUAAUUUUUUUUAGAUAUUUAGGUCCAUCUCCAAUUUUUAGAAUUUAGAGACAUGUUAAACUUAUGAAAAAAUUGGAAAAAUUCUCGAUAAGAUAUCUACAUCAGAUUAAGCAAUGGAAGAUGUGAAAUAAUUAUUUUCAUCAAUUGAAACUAUCACCUCAAAAGAUGGGUUCUAAUUUUAAUUAAUAAACCCACGCCCAAAACUUAGUAAUCUAUAAGAGAGGCAUAUUUCAUCAUAAUAAAUUUUCAACGAUUAUGUUGAAUUUAAUAAUUAAAUUUCUGUAAACAUUGAAAAAACAAUUAAUAAGUUGAGUAAAUAAAUAAAAGGUUUCUUUAGUGAAAUUUAAAAUAAUGAUGAUACAGAAAGCUUAGGAUAGAUUUCAACAUCAAUAAGCAAUUGGAAAGAAGAUCAUUCACAAAUUUUGACAUAAAAUUGUUAGAAUGGAAUCUAAUAUUAACCUAGAUAGAAUGAUUUGAUAGAUUGA